UUGGUAGUGGUUGGCGAUCCUGUGUGUGAUUGACGUGAAUUUGGCAACAAAGGGGAAGGGGAAUGUCAACACGUCGAAGAAAUUUAUUGAAGAAUAAUUAAUUUUUAUUCAAUGCACAUUUUUAGGUGCUCGAAUUGUUGAAAUAUUGUUAAAAAUGGCAGGCUCAGCUUUAAGACGCCUAAUGGCCGAGUACAAACAACUAACUCUGAACCCCCCAGAAGGUAUUAUUGCGGGCCCAAUAAACGAAGAAAAUUUUUUUGAGUGGGAAGCGUUGAUAACGGGCCCUGAGGGAACAUGUUUUGAGGGUGGUGUUUUCCCGGCUAAACUGAUUUUCCCUCCCGACUACCCCCUAAGUCCCCCAAAAAUGCAGUUUACUUGUGAAAUGUUCCAUCCCAAUAUUUAUGCUGAUGGGCGAGUAUGCAUUUCUAUUUUGCAUGCCCCAGGAGAUGACCCUAUGGGGUAUGAAUCGAGUGCUGAGAGGUGGUCUCCUGUACAAAGCGUUGAAAAAAUACUUCUCUCAGUUGUCAGUAUGCUUGCAGAACCUAAUGAUGAAAGUGGAGCUAAUGUUGAUGCUGCAAAAAUGUGGAGGGAAAAUAGGGAAGAAUUUAACAGAAUAGCGGAGAGGAUUGUAAGGCGAACUCUUGGGAUUCCCACGUGAAUUUUUUAACCGAUUUUAAUUGAGAGUUAAUGUCUGUUUAUGUUAAAUUUUUAGUAAUUUAUGGGGAAUUAAAGUUUAGUUUCAAAGUUUAGGUGCAA